AUGGUCGCCCGCUGGAUCGCUCAAGGCGAGCUCAUCGUCGUCUACGAGGGGUGCGCGCUACAGCUCGGGGCCUGGAUCGAUCGUCAUCCCGGCGGACGCCUUGCCAUUCUGCACAUGGUCGGCAGAGACGCGACCGACGAGAUCAACGUAUACCACUCCAGCAAGGCACUGCUCAUGCUCGAGCGCUACAUCAUCGGCCGGGUAGUCGAGCCGUGGGUGAAUGUCAAGCAUCCUAUCUGGCUCUUGAGGGCGGAUGAUGGGAGCAUCAUCGGUGGACAGGAUGGCCCAAAAACAGCAUCAAACCGCGCAGGGCUGCAGCUACAAUCCAACCGUGGUCCAGCUACUAACCAUCCAAGACUCCAUCGAGCCCAGCUGGCUGCCGAAGCAGAAGAGCAGGAGCAGCAGAUGUGCCUGCGACGCACAGCCGCGCUCUACCAGUGCCGCUACUCGGAGUAUGCUGUCGAGACUGUCCGCUGCGGUCUUUUGUUUGGUGGCUUCGUCUACCUGCUCCGCUGCGAGUGGUACGUGACACCGAGCCUCUUCCUCGGCUUCAUCACUGGCGACUCCGCCACCGACACUCACAUCGGCGCGUCCAUUGCGGGCCUGUGCUGCGGCAUGAGCAUCAGCUGGUGGAAGUCUUCGCACAACGUCCAUCACCUUGUCACUAACAUGCCGGAGCACGACCCUGACAGCGUCACUUCGACCUUCCACCGCCGCCGUCUCGCGUGGAGCUGUGCGGCCGAGCUGCUGGUGCCCUACCAGCAGUACACGUACUACCCCAUGAUGGCCUUGGCGAGGUUCAAUCUGUACGCGCUGAACUGGCUGCACGUGUGCUCGCCGCGUGUCACACAGCUUGACGCUGCGCCGUGGAUGCGCCCUGUCGAGCUCGUCUUCAUGGCUAGCUACUGGGCGCUUUUCGCCUACCUCUUGGUCUGGCGCACGCUGCCCUCCUGGAGCGUCCGCAUCGCUUUUGUAGCUGUUUCUCACAUGGCCACGAUACUCCUGCACGUACAGUUCACUCUCUCGCACUGCAGCAUGCCGACGUGUGACCUCGGGCCCACAGAGUCUUUCGUGCAGCAUCAGCUCCGCACGACCAUGGACAUCGAGUGCCCGGAGAGGCUCGACUGGUUCUACGGAGGCUUGCAGUUCCAGGCCGGUCUCGUCCGUAACUUCUGCGAGAAGACUGGCCUGAGGUACCACUGCUACGGAGUCCGAGAGGGGAACGGGAUCGUGCUAGGCAGGCUGGGGCAGAUUGCGCAGAUGGUGGAGAUGAUGGUCGCAUGCCAGAAGGCCAUGGCAGAGGGAAGGGACGGCACGAUGCAGCAGACCGGGACUUGA